AUGGAAGAAGAGGAAGAUGCAAAAACAAAGGAGGAAGAUGCACCAACAAAGAAGGAAGAUGCACAAACAAAGGAGGUUGUAAAGGAUGAAAACAAUUAUGGGAAUCUAUAUUCCAAUGAAGCAGAGACUGUCAUAGAGGUGUAUUCUGAUGAUGAGUGGAUAACUGAAGAUAUUAAUGAAAAUAUUGCUGAAAGUGUUGAGCAUUCUCACUUGCCAACGGAUGACAAUACUAAUGAUGAUCCAAAUAGUAAUGAAUUCGCUAUUCCAAGUAUGAAUAGUAAUGAAUUCAACAUGGGUGAGGGAGGUGAGAAUGAGUUUAUUGGGGAUCCACAACAAAAUUUAAUAGAGGAAGAAGAUGAACAUGUGAAUGAUGAUGAUGAUUUUGUUGGCCGUGUUGAACCUGAGCCUGAAAGAAAUGAUGUUUCUGAUGAAGAUGGUGAAGAUGAUGAUGUUGAUGCCAUGGAAGAUGAAGAUAUUAGAGGAUUUGUGUUUUAG